AUGGAAUUGGAAGCUUCUAGUUUUCCUUCUCUGCCAACAGCAUCUCAGCCUUCCAAAACUGCUGAGUACAAGCUGUUGUUUGCAUUUCUGCCCUGCUUUAUGGUUGUGAAACUCCUUAUCAUAGCCCUCGAGCUGAGCUGGAUAGGUCAUGUUAUUCGUAUGGCGGAGUCUCGUCUAUAUCAUAGAUUGUUAUACAGCGAACUAUCAAAUGGCUGUCGUUUAGUCGGUCAGCUAAAGAAGCAAUUCGUGGAUCAAGUGAAAAGCAGCAUACUUCAAAAAUGUAACAUCAACGCGACUGGAAUUGAAAAAAUAGCAAAAGAUCGGUUUACAUGGAAGAUGAUUUGUAAAGCUGGUCUCACAAUUUUUAUGUUGGAAUGGACAAAUGCCUUUUACAGGCGUGGACUUAUCCGUCAUGCAGCAACAUCGAGAAUAUUGAAACCAACUAUGGUCCUCGAUGCCCCCAUUGUGGUAAACUAUCCGCAUCAGAAUUGGGAUUAA